AUGGGCAAUGUUUCCCAAAGGGCUGUAGAAAGGUGUAAAACCUUGAACCUGAUUGGCUGCUGCAAUGUCCACCACCGUUUCUUUGUGAUAGUUUUAAUAGGAUUUUACUGCAGGAUCAGAAACAUAGGGAUCAUGGCUCAUAUUGAUGCUGGGAAAACCACAACCACAGAGCGAAUGUUGUAUUAUUCCGGUUAUACCCGUGCUCUUGGAGAUGUGGAUGAUGGGGACACAGUGACUGAUUUUAUGGUGCAGGAAAGGGAACGUGGGAUCACCAUUCAGUUCGCCACUGUCACAUUUGACUGGAAUGGACACAGGAUCAACUUGAUUGACACUCCAGGACACGUGGAUUUCACAGUAGAAGUGGAACGCUCAUUAAGGGUGCUGGAUGGAGCAGUCGCUGUGUUCGAUGCCUCAGCUGGUGUUGAGACUGCAACUGGAGAUACUAUUGUAUCCUCAAAAGCAUCUGCAUCAGCCGCUGCUCACAGGGCUGGUCGAGCUGGGGAGAAGAGCAAGGACAAGAAGUCACAAGACAACCUUGUAUUAGCCGGUGUGGAGAUUCCAGAGCCAGUCUUCUUCUGUACCAUUGAGCCAUCCUCUGUAGCUAAACAACCCGAUAUCACUGCUGUAGAAAGUGAUCUGUAUAGAGUUCCAUCUAGUUUGGCCUGUUGGGAGCUGGACAGUGGAGGGACCAAAGAUAAGAAGAAGCCUGUGGCCGACUGCUCUGAAUACAGUGCCGCUGAAGUGGUUUACGUUCAUGUACGUUCACUGGCAGCACUGACUGUGUUGUAUACAUCAAAUUUUACUGAUAUUGCUAAAAUGUUCUUUUUCCUUCCUGAAUUGCAUCUUAUUCUCUGUGGAAUGGGGGAGCUUCAUAUAGAGAUAAUACAUAACCGGAUACGGAGGGAGUAUGGUUUGGAAACCUACUUAGGACCCCUUCAGAUUGCAUAUAGAGAAACCAUUUUAAAUGGUUCACGAGUGUCAGAUACCCUGGAUAGACUGAUGGGUGACACCCGACACCAAGUGACGGUAGAACUGGAAGUAAUACUCUUAUCUGAUGACAGUCCGGUCGUUAAAUAUUCUGGUAAUCUGCCGUCUAGUGUAAAUGGUUAUCAGGAAGCAGUAGAGACUGGCAUUCACAGUUCUUACCUCUCAGGGCCUCUACUUGGUUCUCCCCUCCAGGAUGUUGGUGUGAUUGUACAUAAAGUUAAUGUCCUACCUUGCACGUCAAUGACAGUGGUGUCAGCUUGUGUAUCACGAUGCAUGCAGAAAGCACUAAAGACAGCAGGAAAGCAAAUCCUGGAACCAAUGAUGAGGUUGGAAAUUACUAUGGGUGAAGAUUACCUGGGCAGUGUCUUGGCUGAUCUUUCACAGAGAAGAGGCAAUGUUCAGGAAAUUCAGGACCGCUUAAAUAAUAAAGUUGUUCUCGCCCUCGUUCCACUUGCAGAACUGAUGGGCUAUUCUACUGAUCUGCGCUCGGCAACAUCCGGCAGCGCCACAUUUACUCUAGAGCUUUCAAACUAUGAACCUAUGAAUCCCCAGGACCAGAAUUCUCUGCUCAGGAAGAAGGGACUUCUAUAAACAUUAUGCCUUUCAGCUUUAUACUGUAUUUAUAUAAAAAUCUAAACUC